AUGCCUAACAAGUGGAACAAAGUCAAAGAUUUUGUUAUGAAAGGCGGCUACAAAAAGCUCCUCCGCCCAACCGUCAGCCUUCAUCAUACCGCCUAUCCGAAAACCGCACAGGACCAGGAAAAGUUGGGCGUUCGUUUCGAUUUCGCUGGGACCGAGGAGGAGGCUGGCAAGAAGUUCCACCGUUUUCAGGUUCAAGUUAACGCAGGCAACAAAAUUCCCAAAUCAUGGAAGGUUUGGAGGGAGAAGAAUGGGGGUACUCAUGCUAUUAUCGCUACCAUCAAAGUCCCUGAUGAAGGCACCAAAGAGGACGUAAAGGCAGCUCUCGAUGCGGUCGACAAUCACAUUGAGUGA